AUGACAGGCAGCAUGGCGAAGAGAGUCCCUAUCCCCAAGAAUGGCGUCGAUUACCGCGGCAAGGUGGUCCUCGCGCCCAUGGUCCGCAGCGGUGAAUGUCCCUCGCGAUUGAUGGCCUUGAAGUACGGUGCUGAUCUCGUAUGGGGUCCUGAGACCAUCGACAAGGCACUCAUUGGCACAACUCGUCGCGUCAACGCAGUCACAAACACCAUCGACUUCACUCGCCUCUCCUCCAACGGCUCCAAGAACCCAGACGUCAACCCCUCUCAGCGCGAGAGCAUAAUAUACAGACUAUACCCUUCGCGCGAAGGUCGUCAACUUAUCCACCAAAUCGGCACUUCUGACCCGGAAAGAGCUGUGGCAGCCGCGAAACUGAUCGCUGGAGAUGUAGCUGGCAUCGACGUCAAUGCAGGAUGCCCCAAGCCAUUCAGCACUCUUGGAGGUAUGGGUGCUGCGCUACUCAAGACACCGGAUAAGCUGGUCGCAAUCCUCGAGGCACUGGUCAAGGAAGUUGGAGGACCCUUUGAAAUUGGCAUUAGCGUAAAGAUUCGCUUGCUGGAAACACCUGACCAAACUGCGGCAUUAGUGCGCAGACUGGUUGCUACUGGAAUCACUGGGCUUACACUGCAUUGCCGCACGACACCUAUGCGACCACGCGAAAGCGCCAUUCGCGAUCAACUGCGCAUGGUUGGCGAGAUCUGCCACGAAGCAGGCGUCGCGUGUCUGAUGAACGGCGAUGUGACAAGCAGAGAUGAGGCACUCAAAUUGGCCGAGGAGUAUGGCGUUGAUGGAGCCAUGAUUGCGACAGCCGCCGAGACGAACCCCUCAUGCUUCCGCGCCGAAAAGGAUGGUGGCAUAGCACCCUGGGAUCAGGUGGUCAAGGAAUAUGUCCAGAUCGCCAUGGACGUCGAGAACAGAUGGGGCAACACAAAGUAUCUGCUCGGGCAGAUGAUACCUGGAAAAGCAAAGGAAUACCGCCUCAUGAACCAAGCCAAGAGUUACACCGAUCUAGUCGACAUUAUGGGAUACGAAGAAUUUAGAACUCAGGCUCGUGAAGUGGACGAAAAGCUCGAGAUCAGCUUCGGCAAGAAAGAGACGAGGUCAGAGAGGAAGCAAAGAGGUAAUCAGGCAAAGAAGGAGAGAAAAGCAGAAGCAAAGGCAGCGGACGAAGAGCAGUCGCUGAAGCGCAAAGCAGACGAUGCCGAGCUCAGCAUGCCUCCAGAUGCCAAACGUCAGACAGACGAUAAUGAGCCUAGCAUGCCAUUAGACGUCUCACGAUCUGAAGCACCAGGAUCGGUGACUACUGAGCAGGUCCUCGCAGUAUGA